UCGCAUCUCACUCUUUCUCUUUCUCUCUCAUUAUUUUUGCUCUUUUCUUUUUUAGUUUGAUACUGACUGAGCCACUGUUAUAUCGCAUUACUAUUGUUAUUUAUUAUCAACUAACAACAAACUGCUUUGUCUUGUUCUCUUGGAUGACGGAUAGAUCAAUAUUGAAAACAAGUUUUUGAAAAUCACAUUUUUCAAAUCAACAAGUUUUUACUGGUUUUACAUUAUUGCUAUCUUUUGGUUCAAAUUUAAACUGUUGUCAUCCCGUUUUUUUUGCUUGUCACUACGAAAAAAUUUUGGAUUGAUUUUUUUGGCAACACGUUUAGCUGAUCAACAAAGAAAGUGUACCAAUCUUGUUUGGAUCAUCGAUCAAAGAGUUUAACCCUGUCCUGUCCCUAUUUUAUCAACUAUGGGUUAUGAUGUUGAAAGAUUUUUAGGCUCCAUUGAUGAGGAACUUAAAUGUCCAAUUUGUUGUGGAGUCUUGGAAGAUCCUCUACAAGGCCAACGAUGUGAACAUGCCUUUUGUCGUAAAUGUAUCACAGAAUGGAUGAAAACCUCAGAAACUUGCCCUGUUGAUCGUAAUUCACUCUCCUCAUCACAAUUACAGCCUAUUCCCAGGAUUGUUCGUAAUAUGCUUAACCAUCUAUCUAUUCGUUGUGAUUUCAUUGCUGAGGGUUGUCGAGAAGUUAUCAGCUUAGAGGAUUUAUCUUCUCACAAAUCAGAAUGUAAAUACAAUCCUGAGCACCCAGUUCCCUGUUUACGUGAUUGUGGUGCUUUGGUGCCAAAAAAUCGUUUGGAGUCACAUGAUUGUAUCAAAGAUUUGAGAUCAUUGAUCUGUUGCCAACAAAAAGAGAUACAAGAGUUGAAAUCUGCCAUUACCAUAUUGGUCAGCCUUUCAGAGCAACAAAAACGAAUGGCCUCACUCAACAAUUCAUCACUUCAUGAUCUUUCCGAGCGCUAUGAGCAUCUGAAAAACUCUAUUACGAAUCUGGAAAAGCCUAUACAACAAAUAUUACAGUUGGCCAUUAGAUCAGAUUCAUUACCCUCCGGGGAAACUGGUACUUCAAUUAAGGAUAAACUUGUUGAGGAGACAACCCUUGAAAUAUACAUUUCCAAUGUUGAUAGAUGUGUUACUGCGGGUAAUUUGAGAGAUUAUCUAGCUCGUAACGAUGUUAAUGUAAUUGCCUGUAAAGAAUCAUUGUAUCGAGGAUGGAAAAGUGAUUUCCGUAUAACUAUAUUUAAAAGUGACUGUUCCAAAGUGCUAGAUCCUAAUCUGUGGCCUCGAGGAAUAGUUUGUUUCGUUUGUGGUGAAUAUUAUUCAACUAAAACAGAAGGAAAUAGAGACCCUCAAGAACCAGGACCAGAUUCAAUUGUAAAAGCUUCACCAUCACCAUGGAUGAUCUCCUGAAGAACACAUUUUCCUCGCAUUUAUAUCUCUCGUCCUCUCUUUAACUUUCCUCUCUCAGUUAAGCCGUCUUAAUUUCACCAGUUACACUGUAUUUGUCCACUAAGAAGGGUCAUCAUAUUUCACGUCUGUCUAUAUUUAACUGUCUGUGCCUGAUCUUCAUCUCUUCUCAUCUCGGGGAUGUUUUAUUAUCAAAAUUUCCUCAUCUGAGCUUCCUCCAACAUCAACAUCAUUGCCAUGAUCAUCAACUUUUAUCAUUAUCAUCAUCAUCGUCACCAUCAUUACCAUUAUCAUCAUCAUCUCAUUAUUAUUGCAAUCUUUAAGUUUUGUUUUAACGAUUCCAAUGCCAUCAUCAUCAUCACAAUCAUCAGCAUCUUUGCCAUGGAUAAUACAUCAAAUCGAGUCAGGUUAAAACCUCAUCUCGUUCUACUUUUAAUUCUAUUAUUAUUAUCAUUAUUAUUUGUUUCAAUUCUUAAACACUGAUAUUAUUUGUUACUGAUUUUUCCUAAUCAACUAAUCAAACUGACCUUUUUCAAUCUCAAACCGCUUUUCAUUGAGAAUCCAAUUUUGCAACAUGAAAAUGAAACCUGUGAUGUAUAAAAAUUUGUCAAGAAUGAAGCAAAAGAAGUUGAGUGAAAACAAUUUUGUUCACUGUUUUAUUGUUUACAACAAACAUUUCUUUUGCUUUAACAAUUUACACCAAAUGUUAAACAAUCAACACAAAAUGUCAAAAUAAUUCUUCCCUCAUGUAAAUUAAUUGAAGAUAAAAAAAGCCUUAAAUGAUGAGA